AUGAAGCGCAUGCGCGAGCCCCACGCACAGCAACCUCAAAAGGCUCCCCCGAGGCGUGUCGGAGUCGCACCCGGGAUGGGCCGGGGCGCCGGUGCCGUCGGCUUUUCCACUCUUGGCCUUUUGGGGGAGCAGGUCUUGGCGCUGCAACAUCCCCGCAGGCCUCUGCUAUCAUGGUGA